CCAACCCCGCUCAAGGAAUGGAACACACCCGGAACUCGAGUUCCUUAUUGAUUCAUCUAAAACACUCUUUGGUUUGUACUUAUGCGCAGCAUGUGUGCACGAAUGUGUAAUGUUGAACUUUAAAGACGGCUAAAACAUGUCUGGAGUGGAAGUGGCCAAAGAGGAACUUAAGGAGAUAGACAUCUGCUCGGAGGAGGAGAGCGGAGUUUUUGUCAACUCAGGUGCGUCGUACCUUGACGGCUUCUCAGCGUUUCACAAAUGGGUUGCAAAUGGACGUUCAGUAUCUGAUGGAUACUGUGAGUGCGCCAAAACAGCUUCAGUCUCACUAUCCAAGUGCGCUAAAGUGCCUCAUGGAGCACCAGCUGGAGAGAUCCGUAUGGAGAGAGCAGGAGGAGGUGGAGGGGGGAUCCAUGAAGCAGGUGUGUAUUCGGAUGAAGAGGAUCUGAGAGCGUCCCGGGCAUCAUCUAUAGUGGACUGUCUGUUAGUGGAGCUCUAUGACACAUACAGUAAUGGUGUCAGAGGAGUGGACAGCUCGACCGAAGCCUCCAGCUCAGAAGCCUUCCUGGGCAGGAGUAACACUGGCUCCAACUUCCUCCAAGAACUUCAGGAGAAGCACACGAGACGCCAUCAGAUGAAAUACCUGGCUCAAAAAGGUCCAGAGGAGCUGAAGUGGAUCAUUCAGGAAGUGAAGUAUCGUAUUGGUGUGCAGUCGGCCAAACUGGUGCGUCAGGUCAAGAGGAAGGACAGACUUCGGCAGAAGUUUCAGAAGAACUGUGAUAUAGUCACCGCCUGCCUGCAAGCCGUCUCUCAGAAAAGAAAUGAAGCAGGAAAGGUGAUGAUCUAUUUGAUCGAUAAAGUGCUUCCUGAUAGUUACUUUGCCAAUAACCUGCGUGCCCUCUCAGUGGACAUGGCUGUGUUCAGAGAUCUGCUGCGACUGAAGCUUCCAGAACUUUCUCAGCAACUCCACCAUCUCCAGAAAGUAGCCAAUCGGGAAGGAGGAGGCAGCUAUGAGCCUCCGCUCACCAACGUCUUCACCAUGCAGUGGUUUCUGACCAUGUUUGCCACUUGUUUGCCCCAUCACACCGUUCUGAAGAUUUGGGACUCGGUCUUCUUUGAGGGCUCUGAAAUGCUGCUGCGUGUAGCUCUCGCCAUCUGGGCCAAACUCGGAGAGCGAAUUGAGGAGUGCCAGACUGCCGAUGAAUUUUAUAGUACUAUGGGCUGCUUAACACAGGAAAUGCUGGAACACAACCUUAUCGACUCCAAUGAACUCAUGCAGACGGUCUACUCCAUGGCCCCGUUCCCGUUCCCCCAGCUGGCUGAGCUCAGGGAGAAAUACACCUACAACAUCACCCCGUUCCCGACCCCUGUCCGAGCGAACAGCAGUCUGGCACUCCAUGGAUGGGAGAGUGAUGAUGAUGCUGACAUGGAUGAUGAAGACUCUAUUGUCACUGCUCUGGGUUGCCUGGGGCCUCUUGGAGGACUUCUGGCUCCUGAGAUCCAAAGAUACCAAAAGCACCUUAAAGAUCAGAGAGGGGAGCAGAGCUCUCAUGGCAGUAACAUGGCCGAGCUCAGUCCCGGGGCGGUGGGUGCGGGACGGGCCGAGCACCAGGCGGCCAUCAACAGCAUGAUGCUGGAGCGCAUGAGCACUGACAUCAGCGCGCUGAAGAAACAGUACUCACGCAUCAAACAAAAGCAACAGCAGCAGACCGGACUACUGUACAUCCAUACAGGACCUCGAGUGGAAGCUGAAACUAUUGAACCUCAUCAAGCCAGUAAACAGCAGAAGCACCACACUGAUAAGUGUCCAGCCACCAGUAUCCUUCCCUCCCAAAUCGGUCCCUCCCCUGUGGUCAACCAUCUUCUUCUGGGCAGGAGGCCCAGACCCGGUCAGCGAUCCUCAAAGAAUGGUGUUAUCCAUAACGAUGGAAGUCCUCAAGCCCACUCCACACCCAGCCAGAAUCAGAUGAUUCGGACCAGACAUCAUUCACCCUGGCGUACACAUGUGCGCGCGCACCGAAGGAACAUCGCCAGGGCGCGAGCGCAACUCGGAUUUGAUGAUUCUUUGGAGAUAGAAGACGAACUAACUGAUGUGAGCAAAACAGAAGAAGCAUCUGAAGAGGGAAGACGUGAGGAUGAAGAGCAAGAGAGGGUGGAGACCAUAAGCUCAGAUGUCUCUCAGCAAGACCACAUUUCUGGAGAAGCAGAUGAUCUCCAGGAGAUCGACAAGCAGUUGUCUUCUCUGGAACUGGAACCAGAACUUUCACCAGAAGCAGCUUCUGAUCCAACUCCACCAACUCCUCAACCAGAAGCAACUUCUGAUCCACCUACAUCAACUCCACCACCAGAAUCAGAUUCUAAUCCAAAUACACCAACUCCACCACCAGAAUCAGAUUCUAAUCCAAAUACACCAACUCCACCACCAGAAUCAGAUUCUAAUCCAAAUACACCAACUCCACCACCAGAAUCAGAUUCUAAUCCAAAUACACCAACUCCGCCACCAGAACCGCAGCCCGAGCCCAAACCCACGGCCUCAGCUCCGCUCCCAUCCACCCGCCGUCCAGGUUCAGACUCCUCCAGCUCAGAAAGCGGAGGCUCCCUCAAAAGAAACCCUUCAACGUUAGCAGGAGAACCUUCAAAACCACAGCAGAUCUUCUCCCCGUUCCCUUGCAUCAAAACCCCUCGCAAGUCCAUCACUGCGAGAAACUUGGGCCUCUACGGGCCAAACGCCAGGACUCCAAAUGUGCACUUUCCCCAGAUGAGCAGAAGCAUGAACCAUGUUGGAAGCACCACAAAGCGCCGAUGAUGAAUUGUCGACUACAGACAAGCACUUAUUUGAUUCUUGAUAUCAAUACAUUUGGGUUCAAAUCUCCAACCACGAAAGCACGUCUCUAGUAUGCUUCCAGAUACUCCAAAACAUCUACAUUUAGAAACCAUAUUGGAUAAUGUAAUGCUUCCAUUAUAAUAUGAAUUUAUGAAGGCUGUUUACUUCUUUGAUGAAACCCUACCUAAACAUCUGGGAAUAAUACCUGAUAGACACGAUCGGUUGAAGCUUUUGUGUCAAUGAAAGUAUCUCUUUUUGCAUGUUCAGAUUAGCAGUAUUUGCUACGAUGCACUGUGUAUGUUUACUUACAUGCUUCAAAGCUAGGAAAAUCACAAUCACAUAUAUGUAAAAUACUCAUGCUAAAUGACUGGGAAAUGCUGCAGUUCUGCAUCACACAGUCCAAAAGGAUUUUUUUAGCACCCAGAUACACUAUUUAGUCCUAUAAAUCAACAAAUUUGCUUGUUUCUGUUGUUUGGACUACAUUGGUGUUCAUUUUUCAAUCAUGUCAUGCCAUUUACUCUUGAUCUUUCCUUAGUAAAUUAUUCAAUUGCCAUCUGAAUGACAGAAGUUGUCAUUAAGUUCUUCUCUUUAUGGAUGCUCUUAUUCUAAGCGCUCCAUCCCUUUGAAUGUUUCUCUUCUCUCUAUUAAUCUUUGGUGCUUAUGAGCAGUGGAGGAUCACAAAUGCCCCACAGAAAAUAAAAGAUGUGCAAGUAU